AUGACAAUACCAGAUGGAACAAUGGCCAAUGCUCUGAUGGUUAAUCAUAUUACAGACAAAUCAGCAGCCUGUUUUUCAUAUGUUAUUCAACCGACGACACCGGAUGUAUUUGGAACAAAUAUUUACGAUGAAGAUCAGGUGGAUAAGGACGAGUUCUUUCUUACAUCAGGUGGGAUCGUUCAUUCAUGUCCGAAUAUUUACGAAAUCUCGUUCAACAAUGAACACCAUCGUUAUGUAAUUCGACCACGCUUUCAACCCAUAUCGACUUUUACUUCAACCGAUUCGUUGACUUCCGAAAUUGAAUUAUACACUGAAAGACAUAUAUUUGGUUUUCCGUCAAGAUAUGAUGUUCUAAUGCCAACGACAUGGAAAUCAGACACUUCACUUUGCUCCUCAUCACCUUUUCAUCAGCAGACACUAAUCAAAACGAAGCAACGAUCCUAUUCGUACGAAAUCUUAUCGCAAUAA